UAGAAAGAGAGAGAGAGAGACUGAGACAGAGUGGACACACCAACACACCAUCAUUCCAAAGCGAAAGCAGAGGGAAAAAGAAAGAACGAAAGGCUGGAGAGAGAAAAGAGAGAGGAGGAGGCGAACGGAGAGGGGUCGAGGAAGGAGGAGGAGGAGGAGGGUUUCUGCUGCUUGAAGAUCAGGGAGAAGAGGAAGAAGAAGAAGAAGGAGGAGGCCAUGAUGCAGACGACCGAGUCGCAGCCCCUGCAGCAGCAGCAGCAGCCGGCCCAGCCUCAGCCCCAGCAGCAGCAGCAGCUGGUCCUGCAGAACUCGUCCGGGAGCUUGAGCUUCAGCAGCAACGUGUCGCUCUCCAGGGAGGAUGAGGAGAUGUCGAGGUCGGCUCUUUCCACCUUCAGGGCCAAGGAGGAGGAGAUCGAGAGGAAGAAGAUGGAGGUCCGCGACCGCGUCCUCUCCCACCUGGGUCGGGUCGAGGAAGAGACCAAACGCUUGGCCACUAUUCGCGAGGAGCUAGAAGGACUGGCGGAUCCGAUGAGGAAGGACGUUUCACUGGUUAGAAAGAAGAUUGAUACAGUGAACAAGGAAUUGAAGGCGCUGGGACAUUCUUGCCAGAAGAAGGAGAGAGAGUACAAGGAGGCUCUCGAGGCUUUCAACGAUAAGAACAAGGAAAAAGUACAGCUCAUUACCAAGUUGAUGGAGCUUGUGAGCGAGAGCGAGAAGUUGAGGCUGAAGAAGCUGGAGGAGCUCAGCAAGAACAUAGAGUCUAUAAACUGAAGAUAGUGUCCACUUCACUGCUGAUUACCUGAUCAAGUUUGUUCCUGAUCUGAUGCUUGUAAAUGUGACUUGUCUACAUUUAUUUAUGGGUGCUUUGGGACUGGGAGAUGUACUCCUUACCUCUCUGUUUUUGUUAGCAUUUUGAUGGGUCUUGGAUCUUUUUACUAGUCAAGUUAGGAAAGGGAAAAUUUGCAUCUUGAACCAGGUUUGUAGAAUUAAACGCGUCUCAACCGUCGAGUUUCUUCUCAUUUUUUUCUUAAUUUUUCUUUUCUUUUUCUUUCCGUUUGUCGAAAACUUAACUACCUGUCUUCUGAAAGUCUUGUAUAAUUUUUUUUUUAAGUGUGGUUUGAAGAAUAGCUCCUUUCGUAUACAAUUCUUUUCUCGGUUAUUGCAA